CACAUGACUACGCAGCAGCACACAGUAUUAUAGUCCACCACAUAAGAAGAAGCAAGGAUAUAAUUCCCCUCAAUCUAAGCACAUACGGUAGGUGGGGGGGACUAUUCUCCUAUUAACAUCAUGCUUUGGAGCACAACUAACGGAAACAAAUUACUGAGAGGCAAAAAAUUGGAAAUAGUAUCAAUCUCCCAACCAGUAUUCCAGUAUUAAACUGUAAAAUAUUUAGAAAUGGCCAUAUUUAUAUAGUCAAGUUGACCCAUGGCCACAGACAGAGCUCUGCCUGAGAACCACACUGAAGAAGGCAGACUAGCAUGCAACUGUAACUUUCAGCCGUCAUCUCUCUCUCUUUCUCUCUCUCUCUCUUUAUCUUUGCCUGCUAAAUUCAUAAUCAACAUUUUGUCAUUAGAUUUAUUGGUGGUUAAACUGGCAUUACAGUUUAAAGUGUUAGGACAUGAAUCCUGAAAGGUAUUGGAUAUUGUGAAAUCUCACCUAUCGGAUGUUGACUAUAUUGCCCAAUAUGUUUAUUUGGAACACUCAAAGGAAUGUUCUAGACAAAAUGUUCUUUAACAAAACAUAAAUAGAUCAGAUUAACUAGGUUUAAUUGUAACAUGCAUUCAUUAGUAGACAGAGGCGUCCCGUGGUGGGAUUAACUUUAACUGGCGAUAGAUUUUUCCACCACUAAAGUUGUCCAACUUUGAAUCCAGUCGGAACAACAUGUUUGCAGAUGGGUCUGCUCUGUUCAAGCACACGCAUCAAAAGAAUACAAGAGGAUAAAAGACAGGGGCCAGUUACUGUGGCAUUUAGAAUUAGGUUAUUGUCACUUGCAGCUGCGCAUUCAGUGGGCAUCAGAGAGUUGGAUUAUGAGUUGCGAAAACAAAUGUGCAGUAGUGUUGGGUGCCAGGUAUUUGAUGAGGCCCCUGGUGUACCAGAAGGCCCCUGAUGGUGGCUGGGGCUGGGUGGUGGCAGGGGCUUUCUUCCUGGUGGAGGUCUUCACCUACGGAGUCAUCAAGAGCUUCGGUAUCUUCCUCCAGGACCUGAUGGAGGAGUUUGAGGAGAGCAACAGUCGUGUGUCCUGGAUCAUCUCCAUCUGCGUGUUUGUCAUGUCUUUCGCAGCACCUCUGUCCUCAAUCUUAACCAAUCGGUUUGGGUUCCAGCCAGUCGUUAUGAUUGGUGGAUUCCUCCUUGCUGUGGGAACCAUCACUACUGGCUUUACAACUUCUGUCAACCAAAUGUACAUCACAACGGGAAUCAUUGCAGGUCUUGGGUACUGCCUGACCUUCCUGCCCACAGUGACCAUCCUCUCUCAGUACUUCACACGCAAACGCUCCCUGGUAACAGCAGUGGCGUCCACUGGAGAGUCCUUCACCAUGUUUGCUCUCGCCCCUGCAUUCUCUGCUCUGAGGGACAAUAUUGGCUGGCGUUACACCAUGGUCGUCAUAGGAGCUCUGCAAGGCACCAUCAUUGUCUGUGGGGCUUUGCUGCGGCCCAUCAUCAUCACACACCAGCCUGUGUGGGAGACAGAGACCCAUGUGCUGGCCCCAACAAAGCAGGGGAACCAGAGCAUGCAGAUCGACUCAAAACUGAACUCACACAGCAGACUGGAGGACUCAGGCUCCUUGACCAGAAAGCAUUCCUAUAUGUCAGAAAACAAUCAGGAAAACGAGCUGACACGUGGAGACUCCCUGAGAUCUGGGGUCUCUGGGGGGAAGUGCCUGCCAGGGACAGUCCACGGUGGGUCUGGGGAAGAGGGGAUACCCCUGCAGGGGGAAGAGGGGAUACCCCUGCAGGGAGAAGAGGAGAUGGAGAACCUUAAGAAUCAAGUGAAAGUAGAGAAGGAAGUGGAGGGCUAUAAGCUUCAAGUGGAGAUGGGGAAAGAGGGCCUAGAGAGAAAAGGACAGGGGGAUGAGAAGGAGGAGGAAGAAGAAAUGACGUCAGUGGACCAGACGUCCCAGCAAGUCAGACUUCUGGACUUCUCUGUGCUGAGGGAGGGUCGUUUUAUCUGCUACUCUCUCUUUGGGCUCUUUGCCACGCUGGGCUUCUUUGCCCCGCAGCUCUACAUCAUCCAACUGAGCGUGAACCGGGGCGUGGAGCGUGAGCAUGCCACGUACAUGCUGUCCACCAUGGCUGUGGCCGAGAUGCUGGGACGCCUGUCUGUCGGCUGGGUCAUGAGCAGGAAGCAGGUAGGCCACAGGAAGCCCCAGGUGCUGCUGGGAUGUGUCAUUUCCCUGACACUGGUGCUGGGGGCCUUCGGCCUGGUGUGGGAGUUCUGGGGCCUGGCAUUGUGCUGUGGCCUGUAUGGGUUCUUCAUGGGCACAGUGGCGUCUACACACAUCCCCAUGCUGGCAGAGGAGGAAGUGGUGGGCAUCGAGAGGAUGGCAUCAGCUGCUGGGGUUUAUGUUUUCAUUCAGAGUUUUGCUGGACUGGCUGGACCCCCUCUAGGAGGACUUCUGGUGGAUCUGACUCAGGACUACGGUUCUGCCUUCUACUCCUGUGCGAUGGGGAUGGGCCUGGGGGCCGUGUUCCUAGGUCUGGUCUUACCUGCCAGGAGAGGCCUGUCUUGUAAUUGCUGUAGUGGCCCUCAGCCUCUGCAUCAGGGGCUGAGCAACCCUGCAGACAACCAUGGAAGAGAGGAGGUGGACCUAAACCAAAACCAGGAAGUGAUUCAUUGUAAAGGCCAGCCAAUUACAAGCUCUGCCUGAGUUUACAUUAGCAAUAUUUACCUGGAGAUUGAAGCCACUACUUGAAGGGGCUUCAAUCCUAGAGCUUUGCACUGAAAAAUUUACAAUAAUCAAGCUGAGACCGAACCCUUCCUCACAAUAAGACAGGGACUGCAAGAACAGUCGGCACAGAAAUUCAGGUUGAAUGCAAUCAGCAGGCAUUGUUGUAAAUCUUAACGUAACGUAUUGUAACAAACGACUCCAGAAUCAGAGAGGGUGCUAAUGUUUUGUCAGUCGAGUCAUGCGGAGUUGAUACUGUGAUAUGAACAAGGUGAUGAUAGUGUAGCUAGGCAAACCAACACUGUGAAUUACCAGGGAGCAGGAAUAGAUUAUAAGUUCACAUUCCAUUAUUUUAUGAAAAUCAUCAAGUUAAACAUUACACUCAGGAAAUCAUGACUAAUUAAAUAUAUUGUUUUUAAUCAAAUUGCUGUUGUUAUCUAAGUUAAUUAUAUUUUUCUAUCACAAUAAACCCAAGAAUACAAUACACAAGAGUCUGAGAGUGAUUCUACAUUCACAGUUGAUUAAUUUGUAAUGUUUCUAGACAUUCCUUACCGGACUUUCAUUAUGGUCAUAUUUUUUACAGCACCAAAGAUUGAUCCUGUAAAGUCCUACAAUUUGACAGUACAAGCAUGCAGUGUUCACCUCAGUGCAUGCUGGGUAUGUCUGUCAUUUUACUCAUAAACAAGAAAAAGUCAGAUUUAUGAUUAGGCACUAACAGUGUGUUCA